AUCAUCGUCUGCGGUGUCCAGCCCAGUUGCGGGCGCCCGAAUAGUUUUUACAGUAAUUUAGUGAGAGAAAAGUAAUUACGUACAAUUUUAGAGAGAGAAACUUCCACAAGAACGAAGGACGAACAAAACCAGAAGCUCCAUUUACAUAUACGGAAACAAGUAUAUAUAUUUAUACGAAGGAUAAAUGCUUUGACGGGUGUAUACAGAAAUAUUCUCGUGCUUUGAAAUGAGGAGGAAUGCAUGGAUGUAGUUCUGCAUUUGUUACCUUAGUCAAUGCUGAGGUUGAUUCUAUGGGACUAGUUGGUAUUGGUAGCAAAACUUCUCCACUGCGAGCUGAGAUUGAGAAGGUUCAGUCAGAGCUUAGGCAGGAGUACAUCGUUCGAGAUGAAAGGAGAAGAGAGCUGGAAUAUCUUGAGAAAGGUGGAAAUCCGUUGGAUUUUAAGCUUGGUAAUGUUGCUUCAGUUAGCGUCCAGUCAACUUCGUUGAGAAAUCGACACCCUGAUCAGUUUGUCACUAGUGAACGAAAAGGCAGUUUUACACUUAUAUCAUCACCUCAUGGAGACUCUGUGGAAAGUAGUGGUAGGCCUGGAGCACCUCCUCGUGAGCCCAAUAGUGCCGAUAAUAUCAUGUUAUUUGAUGGUAAAAUUGAAUUCUCUGAAGGUGAUCAGAACUCUUCACAUCCUAGCAGGAGUAACAUUGCACCAUCGGAGAAGUCAUCUUAUACGGGUGGGAGUCAAAAUGUCAGAGAAUUUGGGGAAUCUGAUGCUUUUGGUCUCCCUAGGAAAGCUUAUAAGAGAAGAUACAGGUCCCGGCCAAGUAAUGAUCGAAUCAAGUCAAGUUCAACAGAUGUAGUUCUAACUCGUGGUGGUCAUGGCUCUUCUUUACCUCCUCUCCGAGGUCCCAGGGAUGCAAAAGAACUAGUUUCUGAUUCAGAAAACUAUAACAACCAAAAUACAUCAUCAAAUUGUAACUCAAAGCCUACAAGUCCAAUGGAUAAUAUCCUUCAUAUGACUGUCCCAUCAGUCAGCCAGCAGGAUAUGGAGUUGGAUAGUGCAAGGAUUGUAAAAUCAACUAAGGACUCGAUAAAAGAUGGUUCACCAAAUGCUGCAUCAGAUUCUAAUACUUCCAAAACCCCUCUGGACAAUCAAAACAACCAACAAUCAAUUUCUGAAGCUGAAAAAUCUCCAGUUAAAAUGGCCUCUGAUGGACCUGAGCCAUUGCAGUCAAGGGAAGAGGUAACAUCUGGAGUCAUUGAGUGCCAGCCAAGUGUGAUUCCUGCAAAAGUUGAGAGUCAAUCUUGUUCCUGUCAUAUGAAUGGUCUUGGUAGUGAAAAGGGUAAUCAGAUAAAAAAUGAUGCUCAGAAUAGUAGCACGGAGCGUGGCACAAAGGGUUUGGAUUCUGAGUCAUCUUGCACUCAAACCAUGUUAAGUAUCAAUGGAAACAAUGAGGGCGAAAUGUGUACUAACAUGAGAAAUGUUGACUCAAAUGGGAGUACUAACAAUCAAGUCUCAGUGAUUGAUGGGAUCCCAAAUGCAGAAGGGGAUGAGUUGUUCAGAGAUAAGAAAGAGAACAAAGCUAAUGACAAUAGUACUACUGUUAUUGUCGGGAGCAAUUCUACUUGUCAAAGCCUCCAAGAGAAUGGCAUUCUGCUCAAAGGCCAGGAAGAAAUAAAUGGAAACGCACCUACUUUACAAAAUGAGGUGAAAGCUCAAGUUAUCAUUGAAGGAAUGGAAGCUGGUUGCCACACUGGAUCAGAAUCAGAGAGGGAAAGUGUCGUCCUUUCACAUGACAAUCCUGACCCCACAAGCAUUAGGCAUCAGGAUUCUAUUAAUUCCUCAAUUUCAAAACUUCCCAAGGCAUCACUGGCUGGUGUUUCUACUGUUGCCUCUGUGGCACAAAAUUUCUCAGUGUCCAACUUGAAAUUGGCAAGCAAAGUUGCUGAAGACUCGAUCUUGGAAGAGGCACGAAUCAUUGAGGCAAAGCAAAAGAGAAUUAUGGAGUUAUCCACUGCUACCUCUCCACUGGAGAUUCGUCGAAAAUCUCAUUGGGAUUAUGUACUUGAGGAAAUGGCAUGGUUAGCCUAUGAUUUUGCACAGGAGCGUCUUUGGAAGAUAAAUGCUGCUGCUCAAAUAUGCCAUAGGGUCGCUUUUACUUCUCAGUCAAGAAAACAAGUAAAAGCUUCCCCCAUGAAGGAAAAGAAAGUAGCUUAUACCAUGGCCAAAGCUGUCAUGGAGUUCUGGCAUUCUGUAGAGGAGAAAAGUAAAGAGCUGGAGCUCCAAUCUCCGAAGGAGGGUGUACUCGCUGUCCAGUCAUACGCACUGAAAUUUCUGAAAUAUAACAACUCUGAUGCUGUUCCUUGCCACGCUGAAGCGUUGGUAACUCCAGAAAGGAUACCUGAUUCGGGAAUCCUGGACAUGUCAUGGGAGGAUCAUUUGACUGAAGAGAACCUCUUCUACACAGUUCAGCCGGAGGCUAUGGAAUCCUACAGAAAAUCAAUUGAAUCUCUUGUGGAUCAAUACGAGAAAACUGGAAGUACUGUGCAAGACGAAGUGGAUACAUCUGCAUGUGAUGAUAUAGCAGAAUUUAAAUUUCAAGAUAAUGCAUAUGAAGAGGAUGAAGGUGAAACAAGUACAUAUGACACGGCAGUGGCCUUUGAUGGUCUACCUUCAAGAUUUGCCCAAAAGAACCCAAAACACUUGACAAAUCCUUAUGGUGCUAGGUCAUACAAAAUAGGUCCCCAUUUUUUGCCCAUGCAAUGCAUUGAAAGUAAAGUUGCAACACAACAAUCUGCUUUACUGGCAAAACGCCCAGGCAGCACUCUUAAUGUGUCAAUUCCUACAAAACGUAUGCGGACUGCUUCCAGGAGAGUUAUCAGCCCCUUUAGUGCAGGAACAUCCGGAGGCAUUCAGAUAUCUAAUAAGACAGAUGCUUCAAGUGGUGAUACUGAUUCAUAUCAGGAUGAUCAGAGUACUUCACGUGGUGGAUCCCUUGUUCCAAAUGGUUUGGAAGUUGAAUCUGUUGGGGAAUUUGAAAAGCAAUUGCCAUUCGAAUCUGUACAAAUAUUGACAAAACCUAAGAAGAAAAAGAAAGAAAAGCAUCUGAAUGCUACAUAUGAACAAAGGUGGCAGGUUGAUUCCAAUUUUCAGAGUGAGCAGUUCCAGUGGGAUCAUUUGAAGAAGAGAUCAGAGAGUCAUCAACUUGAAUCUAAUGGCAGCAGUGGUUUAUCUGGUCAACACAUAAUGAAGAAGCAGAAGAUUAUGCGUCAAUCACAAGAUAACUCUUUUGAGACUAUUGCACCUAUUGGUGGAUCUGUCCCUUCGCCUGCAGCCUCCCAAAUUGGUAAUGUGCCUCAACCAAAUAAGUUUGUUAGAAUACUUGGAGGACGGGAUCGGGGUAAGAAACCCAAAAUUUUGAAGAUGCCUGCUGGGCAGCUGGGUUCAGGAAGUCUAUGGUCUCUCUUUGAGGACCAGGCACUUGUCGUUCUGGUACAUGAUUUGGGUCCCAAUUGGGAGCUUGUAAGUGAUGCAAUUAACAGUACUUUGCAAUUGAAGUGCAUAUUUCGCAAACCUAAAGAAUGCAAGGAGAGGCACAACAUUUUGAUGGAUAGGACUUCUGGUGAUGGGGAGGAUAGCAUUGAGUAUUCGGGGUCUUCACAGCCUUAUCCUUCUACGUUACCCGGCAUCCCCAAGGGAAGUGCCAGACAAUUGUUUCAGCGUUUGCAGGCGCCAAUGGAAGAAGAUACCAUCAAAUCUCACUUUGAGAAAAUUAUUAUGAUUGGUGCGAAACAAAAUUAUCGUAAGCCUCAGUCUCAAAAGCGGGAGCAAGCUCACGAUUCUCAUGCAAUUGCUCUCUCCCAAGUUUGCCCAACAAAUCCGAAUGGAGGGCCCAUUUUAACACCUCUGGAUUUGUGUGAUGCAACAACUUCUAGCCCUGAAAUACAUUCUAUUGGGUAUCAAGUGCCACUUUCUAGUGGUUUAGCUAUUGCUAAGCAGGCUACUGUGGCGCCAAUGCUUCCUACAUCUGUUGCCGGUUCUGCAGUACAAGGAUCCUCCAAUAUAAUGGCUGGCAAUAAUAUUUCAAUGCCACCUGAUCCACUUAAUUCCUCUGUCAGGGAUGGUAGAUAUGGGGUUCCUAGAUCUACAUCUUUAUCAAUUGAUGAACAGCAGAGAAUGCAACAGUAUAAUCAAAUUAUAUCUGGUAGAAAUAUUCAACAGCCCAGUAUGUCUGCUCCUGGAGCUUUUCCAGGAACUGAUCGCAGUGUUCGUAUGCUUACUGGUAGCAGUGGCAUGGGCAUGGUGUCUGGUGUUAACAGAAGCAUGCCAAUUGUGAGGCCUGGAUUCAAAGUACUAUCAUCAACAUCCAUGGUGAAUUCUGGGAGUAUGGUUUCCCCUGGUGCAGUGUCAGUAAAUAUACAGUCCGCAGUUGUCUCUGGUCAAGGAAACUCGGUGUUUAGACCUCGUGAUAAUUUGCAUAUGAUGCGGUCUGGGCCGAGUCUGGAUUCUCAAAGGCAGAUGAUGGUGUCUGACCUUCAGAUGCAGGCCCCACCAGGUAGCAGCCAAGGAAUCUCUCCUUUUGGUGGGAAAAAUUCUCCUUUUCCUAACCAGACAGCUUCCCGACCUGUUUCAUCCGUCCAUCAGCAGCAGUCACACCCGGUAUCCCCACAACAGCCCCAAGUUCGUAGCUCUCUUCAAUCACAUCUUCAAGGAGCAGCCAAUCAACCUCCCAAUGCCCAGCAGCAAGCCUAUGCAAUGCGCCUACCAAAAGAGAGACAAAUUCAACAUCGUAUUCUCCAGCAACAAUUUACUGCUUCUAAUUCCUUGAUGCAGCAUGUACCACCACAGCCGCAACUUCCUAUUUCGUCGCCUUCACAAAAUAGUUCCCAAGUUCAGUCCCAAACAAUCUCUCCAUCGGUAUCACAUUCUCCGCUAACAUCUGCUUCUAUUAAUACAGUGCUGCAGCACCAGCAGAAGCAUCAAAUGCAUAGUUCUCAAACUAUUAGCAGUGUCAAUCAGACAGGCAAGCAGUGGCAGCGCCAGCAGCAGCAGCAGCAGGUUUUGCAUGGUAACAGGCCACAUUCCCAGCAGCAACAGCAGACACAGAGUCAACGGCAGGCUAAACUUUCAAAGGGAAUUGGAAGAGGAAACAUGAUGCAUCAGAGCAUCCCUGUUGGCCCCUCCCUUUUGGAUGGCAUUUCGAGUACAGGGAACCAGUCGUCAGAGACAGGAGUGCUGAGCACACAUUUAAUUCAAGGUCAGGGUUCAUAUCCUGGGCCACCACUAAAUGCUGUGCAACUGGCGAGGCAAAAUGUGCCCUCGCAAUCAUCUAAUCAAUCCCUGCCUCAGCACAAGGCAUAUUCUGGCCAAGUAUUUUCACCCUCGAAACACCCACCUCAAAUGCCUUCUCAUCCUGAUAAUAGCAGUGAAGCUCUGGUUCUACCAGUUACUUCUGCCUCUACAUCAUCUGCUGGCCAUCAAUCUGUUCCAGCAGUGACUAUGGCUGCCUCCAAUCACCAAUGGGCACCACCUCACCAAAAGUUGGUGAAUCAAAAUCCGGAGUCUCUUCAGAGAGGAUUUCAUCAAAAUCGAAAGCCUAAUUCUGACCCAUCAAACAAACCGCAAGCCAGAGAUUGUCAUACUGAACAGCUUCCAACAAGCAGUUCUGCUGAGAUCGGUCCCAUGACAACAUUGCCACAGGUUUGUAACAAUGCAACUAAUGUAGCACAGGUCAUUUCUCCUCCUAGUGUGCACCGGAAUGGUUCAGAGCCGUUGUUUGAUUCUGAUACUUCGAAUUCACCAACAAAUUUGGGUUCCUUGGUUCCUCCACCAGCGAGUUCUAAUGAGUCCGUGCCUCAAAAUAUCCAAGGGCCUGGUCAAAGGCUGUUGUCUAUGAGCUUACCUAAAAUUGGACAUGAUGUUAGUGCUCAGUGGCAGCAGCAACCAUCACAACUACAACCACCCCCUUCGCCGGUAGCCCAACCUCAGCAGCAGCAGCAGCAGCAGCAGCCACAGCUCUUGCAAGCAGGGAAUGGUAGUUUAUAUGGUAGGCCUGGUGAACCUAAACUGGAAUGAAGGACGCUUAACAGGUGUCUCGGUGGUGAUAGGUCCUGCCUGGGUUAGGUCAACGUACGUUUGAGAGCAAUUUACAGUAAAAAUUCUCACUCUCUGGGACAAUAUACCAACUGUUUAUGCAUUAUUCAGUUUGAAGCUUAUGGUUCUAUCUGGGCAUGGGAAGGUGACAAUUUGGUCAAACUUAGAAGUUCUCUGCAUUUCGGCAAAGAAGACUUUGGGGGUAUUUUGUACAUUGCUGUUGAUCUAAAGCUUGGGGAAGAUUGAGACAGAUGAUAGAGGUAGGUGUACAUAGUCUCAUCUCUCCUUUUUGGUGGUUACAUUUUCCAUCGCAUAUUUAUUUUCCUGCUCAGUUAAUUAGGGGCCCUAAUUAUUUUUGCCCCAUAGAUCAGCCGUGUAUUAUUUCACUUGUUAACAUUGUUUUGGCCAAAGGCUGUAGGAAUUUUGUGAAUAUUAGUCGUCUGGUUAUAUUACGGUUAAUAUUUGUAGUGGUCAUCCUACAUCAUUUGUUGUAAAGUAUGAUAGGGGGUGAUGUAUUUGAAAGCUCAGAGGACCAGGUUUUUUUUUUUUUUUUUUUCAUUGGUAAUUAUCGCCCGUUUUCUACAAGUGUACGGUGUCAAAUUUUGUAAUAUAAUAUUGGAAGUAGAGUAUCGAAUCCACAAUGAUUGAUA